GACCAGACACAAGUAGUCAGAACGGGCCUGAGCUGGAACUUCUUUCCGCUUGGACACUGACACAGGAUACUUCUGCAGCUUUAUCUCCACAGUUAAGCUGUUCUCAAGUCGCUCUCGGGCUUUAAGCCUACUGCGCUGCUUUUUUGUUUGCUCGUUUGGAAACAGCUUUGGUUAACUCAUUAGACGKCUUGUCGAAAUGUUGGGUGUCGCAAGGAGCGUUUCAAGGUCUUUGCCAACCAAAAUCUGCUCUCGAAAUGUGUCGUCUUUGGUGAAGAAGGCAUGUUGGAGUGGGUUCCAGUCGGAUGCAAUCAGAGCUCUGUCCAGAAGAGACUAUGCGUCGGAAGCCAUCAAGGGGUCAGUGAUUGGCAUUGACCUGGGAACCACCAACUCUUGUGUUGCUGUCAUGGAGGGGAAGCAGGCCAAGGUGUUGGAGAACGCAGAGGGAGCGAGGACCACCCCGUCAGUUGUGGCCUUCACGGCGGAGGGGGAGCGACUGGUGGGCAUGCCUGCUAAACGCCAGGCUGUCACAAACCCUAAGAACACGCUGUAUGCCACCAAGCGGCUGAUUGGCCGGCGCUUUGACGACGCUGAGGUCCAGAAGGAUAUAAAAAAUGUCCCCUUCAAGAUUGUCCGGGCCUCUAAUGGCGAUGCUUGGGUGGAGGCUCAUGGGAAAAUGUACUCCCCCAGCCAGGUGGGAGCCUUUGUCCUGAUGAAGAUGAAGGAAACGGCAGAGAACUACCUGGGCAGCAACGUGAAGAACGCCGUCAUCACUGUUCCAGCUUACUUCAAUGACUCUCAGAGACAGGCCACCAAAGACGCCGGUCAGAUCGCCGGCCUUAACGUCCUGCGUGUGAUCAACGAGCCGACCGCUGCUGCUCUGGCCUACGGAUUAGACAAAACCCAGGACAAGAUCAUCGCUGUGUAUGAUCUGGGUGGUGGAACCUUUGACAUUUCAGUCCUGGAGAUCCAGAAGGGAGUUUUUGAGGUGAAAUCCACCAACGGAGACACUUUCCUGGGAGGAGAAGACUUUGACCAGCACCUCCUCAAACACAUCGUGAAGGAGUUCAAGAGAGAGUCUGGUGUGGACCUGAUGAAGGACAACAUGGCGCUGCAGCGGGUCAGAGAGGCUGCAGAGAAGGCAAAGUGUGAGCUGUCCUCUUCUCUGCAGACGGACAUCAACCUCCCCUACCUGACCAUGGACGCCUCUGGACCCAAACACCUGAACAUGAAGCUGACCCGCUCUCAGUUUGAGGGCAUCGUGGCCGACUUGAUCCGCCGCACCAUGGCCCCCUGCCAGAAGGCCAUGCAGGACGCCGAAGUGUCCAAGGGAGACAUCGGAGAGGUGCUGCUGGUGGGAGGCAUGACCCGCAUGCCCAAGGUCCAGCAGACCGUUCAGGAUCUAUUUGGCCGAGCCCCGAGCAAGUCGGUCAACCCUGACGAGGCCGUCGCCAUAGGAGCAGCCAUUCAGGGUGGAGUUCUAGCCGGUGAUGUCACUGAUGUACUCCUCCUGGACGUAACUCCGUUGUCACUGGGCAUCGAGACCCUGGGAGGCGUCUUCACCAAGCUCAUCAACAGGAACACCACCAUCCCCACCAAGAAGAGCCAGGUGUUCUCCACAGCAGCUGAUGGCCAGACUCAGGUAGAAAUCAAAGUGUGUCAGGGGGAGAGAGAGAUGGCAGCAGACAACAAGGUGCUGGGUCAGUUCACCUUGGUGGGGAUCCCUCCAGCCCCCCGCGGAGUCCCUCAGAUCGAAGUUACCUUCGACAUCGACGCCAACGGCAUCGUCCACGUGUCAGCCAAGGAUAAAGGCACGGGCCGCGAGCAGCAAAUUGUGAUCCAGUCAUCAGGAGGUCUCAGUAAGGACGACAUCGAGAACAUGAUCAAGAACGCUGAGCGGUACGCCGAGGAGGACCAGAGGAGAAAGGAACGAGUGGAGGCCGUCAAUACAGCUGAGGGCAUCAUCCAUGACACAGAAUCCAAGAUGGAGGAGUUUAAAGAUCAGCUUCCUGCUGAUGAGUGCAACAAGCUGAAGGAGGAGAUCACGAAGGUUCAGGACCUCCUGGCCAAUAAGGACACGGAGACUGGAGAGAACAUCAAACAGGCAGCAAACAACCUGCAGCAGGCGUCUCUGAAACUCUUUGAAAUGGCCUACAAGAAGAUGGCAGCGGAGCGGGACAGCAGCAGCAGUGGAAGCAGCAGCGGCUCAGAGGGGGAGAAGAAAGAGGGCCAGCAGUAAACUUGCUGUCUCCAUGACAACAAAGGACUUUGUGCUCAGGUGGUUCGCCUGAGUUAUUCCUCCAAGUGAAAGAAUAUUCUACUGUGUUUUUGCAGUAAAAUAGAUUCAUGUCUAUAUAUGAAUGCCCAGCAACACCCUAUAUGUUUGUAAUUUAACUGUUUGUACAAUGUUCUCUUGUUUUUACAAAGCCCUUAAUUGACAUUAGAUUAUUUAGCCUCCUCUGAGGCCGAUCUCUUCAGCCUCCUCUCUUAUCACAGGCCUAACUCCACCCAGCGUUUAGCAUCUGCUGGUCAUCAGAGAAUCAUGUGCUGAACUCAGGUGUUGCUCCCACCUGUCCUCAGCACAGCUGACGGAAUCAAACCUCCAGUUCACUUUUUGCUCUUUGAAUGUUCCCACCUAUCGGUGAUCAGCCGGCCCUUCUGGAUAAUGGGACGGUCUGUGUGAGGAUCUACUCUCUCAUUGGUUGUGAGUAGAUGAGAAGGCUGUAUAGAUGACUAUGAACUGCAAUAAGGUGACUGGAUGCUGGAAGCAGUCAGUACAGUCAGAUCUCCCACUGUGUGGAUAAGGCAGUGAGGAUGAGGAAACAUGGAUCCAGCUGUGUCUAUUCCAGUCAGAGGUGAUGCUGCCUCUCUGAGCCGGGCCAUGAUGGAUGAUAGAUAUGGUCCUGCUGAGAAACUGAAGGGUCACAGUAACUGUUGCAGUCUUUUCUAAUAAAAAAUUAAUACCUGUGUUAAUA